AUGUCUAGUAAUGGUUCAUGGACCGAACGGGUCAAGUUUUUGCCUGUUUUAAUUUCCAAAUUAAAGACAAUAAGUUCUAAAAGAAAAUCCAACAAAAGCAGCGAUAGUGAAGAAGACGAUACCUUUUAUUACCGCUACUCCUCCAUCGCUGCCCCACCUUCCUCCUCUUCCUCCUCCUCGAGACCCUCCGAUUCGAAUCAAAUCACCACCAAAUCCACCGGAAGUGGUGGCGGCGGAUCCGGUGGCCUAGCCCCAUCGAAAUCGACCCUGUACGUCUCCAAUCUCGAAUACUCCCUCACAAACUCCGACGUCCACACUCUCUUCUCCACCUUCGGAAAAAUCGCCCGCGUUACAGUCUUCAAAGAUCGGGCCACACGAACUUCAAAGGGAGUCGCCUUCGUCCAGUUUGUUUCCCGCGAGGAUGCGCUAUCCGCGGCGAGUGUCAUGCACGGGAAAGUACUCAAUGGCAGAACCCUCAGCGCUUCCAUUGCCGUCGAUAACGGACGAGCCCCAGAGUUUAUUAAAAAAAGGGUUUAUAAGGAUAAGUCUAGAUGUUAUGAAUGUGGGGUUAGUGGGCAUUUGUCGUACGAGUGUCCGAAGAAUCAGUUAGGGCCUAGGGAGAGACCGGUGCCAAAGAAGGGGCGGAGAGGUGGCGGCGUCGGCGGGGAGAAGAGGGAGGAUGGCGGGGAUUGGGGAGAUGAAGAAUCAGAGGGUGGAGAGGGGUUUGAAGAGGAUAAUUGGGCGUCAGUGGUGGAUGGGGCGGCAGAGGAAAGGUUGAGAAAAGUGGAAAUGGCGGAGGAAAAGAAGAAGAAGAUGACAAGAAAAGCUAGUUAUUUUAGUGAUGAGAGUGAUGAGGAAGAUUGAUUUAAUGGAUAAAUUGAGUUAUUUUCACACUCAAACUUAACCUGGAAUCGUUUGAAAUUUGAGGUACAUUAAAUUUUUGUUAUGAUUUUAAGCUCCAAACCAUAGAUUGUAAUAGAUCUUGCACUUAUGUAUUUAUUGUAUCUUUAGUGGUA